AUGCUUCUGGCCUUGACCCUUCUGCUGCUGUCGGGCUUGGGCGCCCCCGGAGGCUGGGGCUGCCUGCAGUGCGACCCCUCGGUGCCGGAGGCCCUGAGUCACCUGCGCUCCACCCUCAUCCCCAGUCGCUUCCAGUUGGAGCAGCUGCAGGCCCGCGCCAGGGCCGUCUUGAUGGGCAUGGAGGGGCCUUUCUUCCAGGACUACGCGCUGAACGCGUUUGUGGGGAGAGUGGAGACAAAUCAACUGGACCUUGUGGCGUCCUUUGUCAAGAACCAAACGCAGCACUUAAUGGAUAACUCUCUGAAAGAUGAGCCUUUGCUGGAAGAGCUGGUGACCCUCAGGGCGAAUGUGAUCAAGGAACUCAAGAAAGUUUUAAUUUCACAUCAAUUAAAAGCCUGCAACCCCAAACUUUGCCGCUGGCUAAAAGAAGAGGUGUGGGACUGUUUACAUUGCCAGAGGAUCAAACCCCAGUGUAUCCACAAAAAGUACUGCUUUGUCGACCGGCAACCCCGCGUGGCCCUGCAGUACCAGAUGGACAACAAAUAUCUGAGGAACCAGGCGCUGUUGGGCAUCUUCAUUUCUGUGUCUCUGGCUGUCUUUAUGUUCAUGGUCAUCGUGGUCUCGGAGCCGGCUCAGUCUCCUGCGGACGUGGCCGGGCGACGGAACGCUGGUUGCCAUGACGACUCUCUUCCUGGUGCGCGCUACGUCACCGUCAUCUGUGCGCUGGCCGGGGACAUGGCUACCGCAGAUGCAUCAGAGGUUCUUGACUUCACGCGCACCUCUGAACUGGUAGCCGGACUGCAGCACCUGGGAAAAACUCAAGUUUGA